AUGGCACUGCACACCUCUCGUGAGCUGCGAGAACUCAUGGUGUCAUGGCGCGGCAUCAAAAGCAUACAGGAAAUCACAGCUCUUGCUCACUGUUCUCCGCGCACUGUCAACGAAGUUUUCAGGAUACACCGCGACUACGGUGUUGUCCAGAAUCCACUUGCACAUCCUCGAGGAGCAGCACGAAUCUUAAAUACUGGUGAUGUUAAUUACAUCUCAUCCCUCAUUGCAGCAAAACCUUGCAUCUAUCUUGAUGAGCUCCAAGAGGAGCUCUACAUUCACCGUAACAUUGUUGUUUCACUUGCCACCCUCUCGCGCACCCUUCGUCGAUCAGCACUCAGUCAUAAGCAGGUGUCAAAGGAAGCCAUGGAGCGGAAUGAACUCCUGCGGGCAACAUGGCAGGCCGAGUAUGGGGACAUCCCCGCCGAUUACUUUGUCUGGCUGGAUGAGUCCAGUGUUGACGACACCACAAGCCAACGUAUGACAGGAUGA